AUGGCAGGACAAUCGAAAGAAGCCAUCAUCCCGCCAUGGGGUUUGGCAGUUGCUGGAGCUACAGGAGCUGUGAUUGCAAAUGCUAUGGUAUAUCCCCUGGAUAUAGUGAAAACCCGCCUCCAAGUUCAGGUUAAGCGCAAGUCGACCGAUUUAGUACCAACGGGUGAUGACCCUGUCCAUUAUACGUCGACUUGGGAUGCCAUCUCCAAGAUUGCUGCCGAAGAUGGGAUUGGUGGGCUUUAUGCUGGUAUCAAUGGCGCCUUGAUUGGAGUUGCUUCGACCAAUUUUGCGUACUUCUACUGGUACUCAGUCGUUCGUACCUUAUAUCUCUCUUCUCAAAAAUUAGCUACGCCCCCAAGUACCGCGAUAGAAUUAUCCUUAGGGGCUGUUGCCGGAGCUAUUGCUCAGGUCUUUACGAUUCCUGUUGCAGUAGUUACUACUCGGCAACAAACACAAGCAAAGGGUGAGAGGAAAGGGAUGGUAGAUACAGCCCGUGAUGUUAUUAAUAGCGAAGAUGGUUGGACCGGACUUUGGAGAGGCCUCAAGGCCAGCUUAGUACUUGUAGUUAACCCUGCCAUCACAUAUGGCGCAUAUCAAAGAUUGAGAGAGGUUGUUUUCCCGGGGAAAGCAAAUCUCAAACCCUGGGAAGCAUUUGUAUUGGGGGCAAUGUCCAAAUCCCUUGCAACCAUUGUAACUCAGCCUCUAAUCGUUGCAAAAGUUGGACUUCAAUCAAGGCCACCCCCUUCCCGAGAGGGCAAGCCGUUCAAGAGCUUCAUCGAAGUAAUGCAAUUCAUUAUUCACAAUGAAGGAUUAUUAGGUCUAUUCAAAGGCAUUGGUCCACAAAUUACCAAAGGACUCAUAGUUCAGGGCCUCCUCAUGAUGACAAAAGAAAGAAUGGAAUUACUUUUCAUUCUUCUCUUCCGAUAUCUUCGAAAUAUCAGAUCAAAACAGCUGCAAAAGGCGGCCGAUCUCGCAGCAUCGACAGCCAAGCAAGUUCUACCAGUCAUUGCCAAGUAA